AUGGUUGAGGUACCGCGUAAUUUCCGUUUGUUGCAGGAACUUGAGGCGGGGGAAAAGGGAACAGGUGUAAGCCAAAGUGUCUCUAUUGGCCUCAGUGGGAUGGAUGACAUUUAUAUGCAUAAUUGGAAUGGCACUAUUCUCGGACCUCCCGGUACCACAUUUGAGAAUCGCAUCCUCUCACUAGAAAUUCACUGCGAUGAACAUUACCCCAAACGCCCGCCGAACAUUAAGUUCAUCAGCCGUGUGAACCUGCCGUGUGUGAGCAGUGAUGGUACUGUUGAUAAAAACAAGUUUGCCGUCUUCAAGACUUGGGAUCGCAACUUCACAAUGGCGCAUUGUUUGAUGGAACUCCGUCGGGAGAUGUCGCUUCCAGCUAAUAAAAAACUACCGCAACCGGAGGAGGGUUCAACGUAUUGA